UGAUGGAUGACUCAGCAAAAGUUAUCGAUUUUAGCUCGGCUGAAAUUUCAUGGUCAGAGUUCAUAAAUUCGCGAGUUUUACAUAGUAUUACAAGUUCGAACACGUCUCCUCGCCUUGAAUUCUUGAAUCAUUCUUUAUUACCUCGAAUAAAGGCUGGAGAUCUCUCGGAUAGAUUACUCGAACGUCUUCUUUACUUCUUACUCUUAACAUGUGCAAGAUAUAAUGAUAGAGCUUCACGUCUUUCCAUAUUGAAUGUAUUUAAAGAACUCAAUAGUUGGAAUUCUGAGUUAUUUUUAAAUAAAUUCGUUCCCAUGGUCACUGCAGAAGUUGAUAAAUUUGAUCGAAAAAGUCCUGACGGCAUAACAUAUGUGACAUCUUCUACAAUUCGAUUCGUUCUUCUUACUUGGGUAAAUGCAUUGAUCACCUUUGCGCUUUCGUCUAAUUUCGCCGAGGAAUCAUCACUUUACUGGAAGAAACUGAUUGAUUCGCAAGCAACACUUUUAAAUUCACUAGUUCAUGAAACUGAAAAAAAGAAAAGUGUAACUAAAAGUGCCAUAACUGAUGUAAGGCGUUGUAUUCGUAAGAACUCUGCGCACAUUCAAUCAUAUAUAACGUAUUUGAUCACGGGUUCAAAAUCUUGCAUUCCUACAUAUCGAAACGCUAUUCUUCUUGGUGUUGUCAUAGAUUGUUCUUUGCGACUCAAGGGCGGAAGUACCAGGACAUAUGUUGAAAAUGCAAAGGAUGAAAUCAUUCAGUUUUAUAUUACAGCAAUUGCUUCUUCCAAAUCGGCCGUGACUAAAACAUCUGCGGGUGCCUUACACGAUUUUAUGAAGCAAAUUGUGACGGAGGAAGAUUUUCGGACAAAGCUUAUGCCAACUUUAGAAAAACUUUUACUAAGAGCACCUGAAAUUACGCUCAAUGUUCUAAUUUGUCUUGUCAAGUCUCUUUCUUUUGAUUUAUCUAUUAUUUUGAAGAAGAACUUUUUACAAUCUUUACUUGGGCAUAUUCGGUCAACCAACAAAGUAAUACAGUUGGAUGCGGCUGAGCUAUUGAAUAUAAUGAUUGAAAAAAGUCGUGAUGAUACCGUCGUCGUAGAUAUUGUGAAAGAAAUUCUUCAAAUGAUGAGCGGAGGAAAGGUUUCAAACCCAGAGCAUCGCGCUAUCAUUUUUCACGCGUUGGGUUAUAUUCAUCAAUCUCCUGGAGUGGUUAAAAUUGUUAUUGAUGGAUUAUUACCUAUUGUAUCCAAAGAAAGUAAUGAAACUUCAUUGUCAAAAGCAAUUAGCACGCUAAAGUUACACACAGGAGUUUUACUAAGGGCAGAAAAAGAUAAAGAGGUUGUUGAAAAGGUUACAGAUUUUAUUGUAAAUGGACUAUCUAGCGCUAAAACUGGAGUGAGAAAAGCGUGGGCUAUCUUGAUUGGACGUCUUGUUUGGGAAGAAGCGGGCAGUCCAUCUGCAUCACUUUGUAAUGUUACUCAACAGUCUUUGACACCACUAUUAUCAACGUUAGAAAAGAUUCAAGCAAAUCCUCUGAACUUUUUGGGUGGCCCUAUUGAAGGAUAUAUUGCUACAGCUAUAAUUGAAGGGAGAGCAAUAAAUUGGAAGAACGAAGAAAUUAAUACGUUGAUCCGUUCAAAGAAGCAUACACAAAAUAUCUUGGUGAAUUCUCCCAAACCCUCUUUUUUGUUGUGGGAUAAAAUAUACUUAAAGUUAAAUACAAUUGAAGAAGGAAGUUGGUUUCUUCGAUCCCUUGAAGGUGUUGUCAUUAACGAAAAUGUGACAGCUUUGAAAAAGAUGGAUGCCAGGGUAUUUAUCGCCACUGCCUUUAUAUAUAUGAUUACCUCGUUUACGUUACAUCAGACUCGUCGUGAGGCAUAUGAUACGCUUAAGAAUUGCGUUCAAUUCAGCCCAGAUAUUGUAGGUGAAUUUAUGCGUGAAGGAUUGACCAAUUGGUUAUUGAACCUUGAGAAAUGUACAAAAGAUUCUACAGCUGUACUGGCUUCGACAAGCGCGCAUUUAGACCCAUCUGUCAAUGCAUAUCUUCUUUCCAAAGUGCUUACUGCUAUUACUACAUUUUCUAAAAAUGUGGAGAAAUCAGUGGUUGAAGAUUCACUGGUUGAGCUCAUCGUUUUCGCUCACCAUCCUGCUAUUGUAUCGCCCACCAAAAAAUACAAUUGGAUCUCAUUAGUGCAAAGAGCUCACCUUGAUCCCGGAAAAUUAGUCGAAAAGUAUUCCACCCGACUUCUAGAAGUAAUACGACAAGGUGAAACGAAAUCAAGGAACUUCUACAAAGCAGCAAUGUCGGCAAUUGCUACAGUUGGUUUUAUUUCACCGGAUACGUUUGUCCCGAUUUUUCUUAUGCAAUGUCGUGAAUGUUUAAAUGCUUCACUAUUUGAAAAGAUUGGCGCUCAAGAUAUUGGAAUAUGGAGAACUGAAGAAGGAACACUAUUUGUUAAUGUUUUAAAGAGAAACCAGAGGAAUGCGGUAGAAGACCAAAAUCGGAAAGGCUAUCAAACCGAGAAAUGGGAACGAGAAGUUCGUGAGCAAAUUGCAAAAAAGAAGGGUAAUACAUCAGCUCCAAAACUUACAAAAGAUGAAAAAACUCAAGUGGAUUCACAGUUAGCAAAGGAAUCUCAGAUACGUAAAUAUGUUGAAGAAACUCGGUUGAAAUUAUUAAAAGGUUUAGAUAUCAUAGACUCCAUGGUGGAUGGUAACGCCGAAGCCGUUGGACCUCAUAUUGUAGAAUUUAUGAGACUAUUACAUACAGUAGUACAAAAAGGUGGUUCUCUUAUUGGAGAAAAGGGAGUUGAUACUUAUUUGAAAAUUAGUCUUUGUACUUCUGAGAAGAUUGGUAAUAUUCGUAUGCCUAUUGGAUUGGCUACUCUACGUGCCAUGAAUGUUCAAGAAGUUCCUGAAAGGUGGCUUCAAGAGAAAUUAGGCCAUCUUGUUUCACGUGUACUUUAUCAUCUUCGAUUCAUCACUGAACGUGCAAUGUUACCAACUUCGUCGUUUGCGUACUGUUUCCCGCUUAUUUAUCAGGUUAUUCAGAAAGGUGGAGUGGGAUUAGAUAAUGAAGAAGCUGGCGAUUCAGAAAUUUUAAUGGAACAAAUUACACUUUGCCUAGAUAUUAUUUCUUUCCAUUCAGCACUUGGGUCAUCUCCUUUAAUUCCCAGAACGGACAUUAUUCAAAUAUUACAACUUAUAAUAAAGAGUUAUCCAAAAUUAGCAAAAACGGCAAAAACUACUUUAACGAGUUUUGGGGAAGCAAUCGGAGAUACUGCGAACCAGGAGGAAAUAGACACUUUGUUUGCAGGAUUGCUUUUUGCAGAAACCUACGUUCGUCAUGCAUGCUUACAGGCAUUAGAGUAUAUAGACCUCUUGCAUAUUGACUUCUCCCGUGAAUUAUGGAUUUCGUGUCAUGACGACGAUGAAAAUAAUGCAACAUUGGCUCUUUCCUUAUGGGAAGAUAAUGAAAUGGAUAUUGACCCAAAUUAUGCCUCUGAAAUUUUACCUCUUUUAGUUGAUGGUGAACAAUAUAUUAGGUCAUGCGCGGCUAAAGCUAUUGGAAGUGCGGCACGAUCGCUUCCGGAUUCGAUAGAAAGUACGCUUAAAAUGAUAUUUGAUCUUUACAAGGAGAAGGCUAAGCCAAUUCAGCCAGAAUACGAUGAGUUUGGUAUUAUAAAACCAGAAUCGUUGAAAAAACAAGAUCCAUGGGAAGCGCGUGUAGGAUCAGCCCUUGCUUUAGGUGCUCUUGCUCCACAUAUGAGCUCGUCGGACUUGAAGUCCUUCUUUGAAUUCUUGAUAUUUGAAGAAGCUGUCGGUGACAUCCACGCUCAAGUCCGACAAAAAAUGCUGGAGGCUGGCUUGUCCGCUAUUGAUAUUCACGGUGGCAGGGAUGUUAAUUUAUUGAUGCCAGUGUUUGAAGGUUAUUUGGAUCAACCCGCCGAACCUACCGAAACCCAUGACCGGAUUCGUGAAUCUGUUGUUAUUUGGUUUGGAGCCUUGUCCAAGCACUUAAAUCCCACGGACUCGAGAAUUCCUGUGGUAAUCGAGAAACUCCUUGAGACACUAAAAACACCGUCUGAGUCAGUUCAACUGGCAGUCGGAGAAUGUUUACCACCCCUGAUUAAAUUAACAAAAGAUAAUUCUCCAAAGUUAAUUGAUCGUUUACUGGAUCAACUUCGCAAUUCAGAAAAGUAUGCAGAACGAAAGGGUGCUGCGUAUGGUCUUGCAGGUGUAGUCAAGGGUACUGGCAUUUCAGCUUUAAAGGAUUGUAAUGUGAUGAGCAUUUUGAAAGAGAGUGUUGAAAAUAAAAAAGAUUAUAAAUACCGCCAAGGAGCUCUAUUUGCUUUCGAAACACUAUCGCAAAGUUUGGGUCGUCUUUUUGAACCCUAUGUUAUUCAAAUUCUACCGUUAUUAUUAACAUGCUUUGGCGACUCUCAUCCAGAUAUCCGAGAAGCGACCUCGGAUGCAGCCCGAGUAAUAAUGAGCAAAAUUAGUGGACACUGUGUUAAACUUAUUCUCCCAUCUCUUUUGAAAGGAUUGGAGGAUCGUCAAUGGCGAACGAAAAAAGGGUCAGUUGAACUGUUAGGAGCAAUGGCGUUUUGUGCACCCAAGCAACUGUCAAUUUCUCUUCCUGCGAUAGUACCAAGAUUGACGAGUGUGUUAACUGAUUCACACACAAAUGUUCAAGCAGCUGCGAAUCAAGCCUUAUUGCACUUUGGGGAGGUUAUAAAUAACCCUGAAAUUCAAGCACUUGUUCCAACUUUACUUAAUGCACUAAGUGAUCCGGAUAAGAAUACCAAUACUGCAUUAGAUUCAUUACUGGAAACAGCAUUUGUUCAUUAUAUCGAUGCUCCAUCAUUGGCAUUGGUAAUACCAAUCCUAGAACGUGGUUUACGAGAAAGAGGCACUGAAGUUAAGAAAAAGUCAUCGCAAAUAGUUGGAAAUAUGGCAUCUUUGACAGACGUAAAAGAUCUUGCUCCUUAUUUACCACGGCUUUUGCCUUGCCUCAAAGAAGUUUUAGUUGAUCCUGUGCCUGAGGCCCGGGCAACAGCUGCAAAAUCAUUAGGAACCAUGGUAGAAAAACUCGGUGAAGAUAAAUUCCCCAAUCUCGUCAAUGAACUUAUUCAUACCCUCAAAUCAGACACUAGCGGUGUUGACCGACAGGGUGCGGCUCAAGGUCUUAGUGAAGUAUUAGCAGGACUGGGAAUGGAACGGCUUGAUGGCCUUCUGCCCGAUAUCAUAACAAACUCCACAAGUUCUAAAUCAUAUGUUCGAGAAGGGUUUAUCUCAUUGCUUAUAUAUCUUCCUGCAACAUUUGGUAUUCGAUUUCAACCUUAUCUCGGUCGCACAAUUCCACCGAUCUUAUCUGGGCUUGCCGAUGAAUCUGAAUAUGUGCGUGAUGCAUCACUUAGAGCAGGUAGAAUGAUUGUUGUGAAUUAUGCGACCAAAGCCGUUGAUCUUUUACUGCCUGAAUUAGAGAGAGGAUUGUUUGAUGAUAAUUGGAGAAUACGGCAUAGUUCUGUUCAACUCAUGGGCGAUCUGUUAUAUCGAAUCGUUGGAAUAAGCGGGAAAACCACUAUUGAAGCUGAAGAUGAAGAAGAAACUGGUGGAACGGAAGCUGGCAAGAAAGCUCUAUUGGAAGUUCUUGGAAAAGAGAGGAGGGACCGGGUUCUGGCAGCUAUUUAUAUUGUUCGACAAGAUGGUUCUGGCAUUGUUCGUCAAGCGUCAAUACACGUGUGGAAGGCUAUAGUUUCCAAUACACCUCGUACAGUCAAAGAUAUACUUCAUGUUAUGAUGGGAAUGAUCAUACGAAACUUAUCAAGUCCAAGUUAUGAACGACGACAGGUAGCCGCUCGUACUCUUGGUGAACUUGUUCGUAAACUCGGUGAAAGUGUUCUCUCCGAGAUUAUUCCAAUAUUAGAAGAGGGUUUAGAAUCGGUCGAGGCCGAUAUGCGCCAAGGAGUUUGCAUCGGAUUAAGAGAAAUAAUGGGCACUGCUGGAAAAAUACAGGUUAUUGACUACGUUGAUUCCAUUAUACCUGCUAUUAGAAAAGCAUUGGUUGAUGAAUCCGGAGAAGUGCGUGAGGCAGCAGCUCAAGCUUUUGACACACUUCAGCAGAAUGUUGGUGAUAAAGCUAUUGAUGAAAUUUUACCUACGCUUCUCAACUCUCUACAAUCGGGAGAUGAUUCGGCAUACGCUUUAGAAGCAUUGAAGGAAAUUAUGGCAGUACGUGCUAAUGUUGUAUUUCCGGUUCUCAUACCUAAUUUAAUUGCCGUACCGAUAUCCUCAUUCAAUGCUCGAGCUCUUGCUUCUUUGGUAACGGUUGCGGGUGCUGCUCUCAACAAACGAUUAACAAGCAUUCUUACUGCCCUUAUGACAUCGCUGGGUAUGGAAUCGGAUGAGAACACUAUUGCAGAGCUUAAAGAAACCGAACGAGCACUGUUGCUUUCCAUUGAUAAUGCUGAGGGACUUCAAACUUUAAUGAUGAUGUUAUUUGAAGCAGCUAAAAGUGAUGAUUCCACCAAACGGGCUGGAGCAUGUGAUAUUGUCACAAUUUUUUGUAACGAGACUAAAAUGGACUUUUCGCGAUAUACAUCCGAAUGGGUGCGCGUGUUAAUUUUACUUUUGGACGACCGUCAAAAAGAUGUUGUAAUUUCAGCAUGGAAUGCUUUAAAUGCUGUGACCAAAUCAAUUAAAAAAGACGAAUUGGAACAAUUUGUGAUUCCGGUUCGCCGCACUGUGAAACUUAUUGGAGUUCCCGGUGUUGAUUUACCUGGCUUUUGCUUGCCGAAAGGAAUUGGUCCUAUACUUCCAAUAUUUUUGCAAGGAUUGAUGUAUGGUACCCCAGAUAUUCGCGAAAAUUCUGCCCUAGGAAUAGGAGAUCUUAUCCAAAGGACUUCAGCUGACGCACUUAAGCCAUUUGUAACACAAAUUACUGGUCCACUUAUUCGUAUUAUAGGAGAACGUUAUCCAUCGCAAGUGAAAGCAGCUAUCUUGCAAACUUUAGGUCUCCUCCUCACCAAGGUUCCUACUCUCCUGAAACCUUUCCUACCUCAACUUCAACGAACAUUCAUAAAAUCAUUAACCGAUCCAUCAAGUACUCUUGUCAGAUCGCGUGCCGCUUCCGCUCUUGGCAUUCUGAUUUCAUUGCAAACACGUGUCGACCCUCUUAUUGCCGAGUUGGUGACGGGAAUUAAAACAAGUGAACCAAGUAUACGAGAAGCAAUGCUAAAUGCACUGGAAAGCGUUGUAAACAAGGCGGGGAACAAUAUGAACGAAGCCUCAAAGAAAGGGGUUCUGGGGGUAAUAAAGGAUGGACUAAGUGACAAUAAAGAGGGAACAGUGGUUGGUGCCUCGCGCUUACUUGGUAGUCUGAGCAGACACAUACCACCUCAAGAUAUCGAGCAUAUUAUAACACAUCACGUAAUAACCGGUGGACCAUCAACACAAAGUUCUCUCUUGAUCAUAAAUGCUAUCCUCGCUGAGAAUCCAAAAGUUUUUAUUGACCUGGAAAUAACUGAUGAUAUAAUAACAAUUAUAGUCCCAUCCAUUGCCGACACGUCAAUAAUUGCGGCAGGAAAAAUGUUACUCACUGAAAUGUAUCAUAACGAACAAGUAGUAAGUCGUCUUGUGGAAGCACUGGUAAUUGCUAUUCGUGAACCAGCUACAUUGGCCGGUGAAACAAAACGUUUGGCACUUACAGUGUUUCGAACUGUUGGAAGAAAAUAUCCACAAAUCCUGGGACCUCAUCAUUCCGCAAUCAUUCCUUCAAUGAUAUUAUGCACCAAUGAUCGAAAUAAUCCCGUGAAAUUGGCUGCAGAACAAGCUUUAUUGUAUGUACUUCAACUCUUGGACGGAGAAUCUAUAAUGCAGAAAUAUAUAUCAACAGUUGAUACUCAGGCGGCUAAAUCGGUUACUGACAUUCAUAGACGCGUGUUGUCAAAGCUUGUUUCUCAAGAACAACAACGAUUGCAACAAAAAAACAAUGGUGAUGAAACGGAUGAGGAAAUGGAGGAAGAACAGGAAAUUUGGGCCGUAGGUAGUUCGGGAACUUUCAAAUCUGAUGCUGAACAGGAAUAA